UUCCAGGAGUUGUCAAAACGUGUGCUGACGGCGAAGUAAACCACGACUGUGUGUACUCAUUGCACUUUGUUGGCUUCGAAUUGGUGUUCCAAACUGAGAGGCCGGUUUGUACAGUGAAAGUGAACCGCUAUUGACGCAAUAAUUGCCGAGUUGUGGAGCGAUCUCAACUUAGUGCAGUGAAGUGCGGCUUGUGAGUGAGUGAUAUGGAUGGUUUGAGAUACAUACUGCGUAAGGAAUCGAGAGGUCCCUGGCGAUGUUCGGCGAGGAGGUCAGCAUGACGUUUCUACGCAAGGAGCAUGUCGUCUAAGCGGAAGAGCCCUCCCACGAAGCUGUCGACGGACGAGCUCCAACAGCGUCAACAGCAUCAGCGCAGCGGAGAGUCACUCGACGAAGACGGAGACGACGACGAAUCCGCUACAGCAGCAGCAGCAGCAGAGGAGGAGGAAGACGACCUUUUCGCCGACUUGAUGCGGCCACCGCACGACGCCCUCCUUCGGGACGACGAGGACUCCGACAUCUCAGACGGUCUCCCGGCAAGUCCAGGGAGCGCGAGCCACCCGGAAAGCGAGCAGGUUGCGCGUCGUCCGACAUCCGCGAGCGACUCUGAGGACUCCGAGGAUUCUGCGCCGAGGCGGUCGACGGAUGCGGCCUCUUUGGCAAGGGCUCCGCACCAGAGGAAGUCCAUGGACGAUGUGCUUCGGAUGCUCGCAACGAAGAUGAACACAAGCGCAUCGCUGCACGAGGGCAACGAGGCUAGCAGGGCGGACUGCAAGAGCGAAGAAGGCCGGUUGAUGGAGAGCGAAGAGCUGCGCAUGGCUCUGGCUGGAGACAGCAUUAGCGAGAAAGAGAAACGACUUACCGACAUGAUCAACCAGCUUCAGCAACUACGAGAUCAGUUACUUGUACAGCAGAGGAUCCACAUGGCCCAGUUAGAGAGGCAAGCCGGUGGCUGUCCGGGCGUUCCACCUCCGGAAGAACUGAGGCGUCAGCAGGAACACCUGCUUCAGCAGCAGCAUCAGUUGCACGAGCUGCAGGUCGCACUGUGUCCCUUGCAGCCGUGGGUCUCUGGGAGUAUGCCGUCGCUGACCGGGGGUAGUGCCCUAACGCCCUGCCGGAUGGGGGUGCGGACACCAACACCCAGCGCGCAGGCUUCGGACCCGUCUCCUGAUGCAGCUCCUGAUGCGGACACACCACUCAACCUGAGCAAGCCCAAGGGAAGUUCCCCAGGGAGUGCCGCUAGCAGUAUAAGCGGCAGUCCAACACCAGGCUUGACGGUUCGGCAGGAUGCCCGGGAGCAUGGACGGGCGUCCACUUCUCCCCGGGGCUACCCGCCUCCAGCCGUCACUCCUCAUUCGGCGGCCUCUUUUCUUGGAAGCCAUGCUGCAGCCUCACCUAUCUCAGUGAGCUCUUCAAUAUUGGCAUAUUCUGCGCUUCCACCUCACUUGAGGCCGCCUACAAGUGGAGUUCCAUCCUCCCUCAGCGGGCUGCUACAUCAUCCAGCUAUGCCAGCCUAUACACAUGCAGGCCUGCUGUCAGCCAAGGACCUAGCCGGGCAAACAAGUUCGAUGCUGGGACAGGACAAGGCUGCCUUCCCGCUUCACUUGUAUUUGCCACAAACGACAGGCGCUUUGGCUCGACCAGCCAUGUCAGCAGCUUCAGGAGCAGCACGUCGAGAUGCAGACAGUUCAGCAUCAGAAACAGACACUAAAGGAUCCACCAAGUUGUCUGGGGCAAAAAUUAUACGGCAAGGAAAGAAGGACCCAGAUGGGAAGCCACACAUCAAGCGACCGAUGAAUGCGUUCAUGGUCUGGGCCAAGGACGAGAGACGCAAGAUCCUCAAGGCCUGCCCUGACAUGCAUAACUCUAACAUCUCUAAGAUUCUUGGAGCCCGUUGGAAAGCCAUGUCAAAUUCAGAGAAGCAACCCUACUAUGAGGAACAGUCUCGGCUAAGCAAGUUACACAUGGAGAAACAUCCGGACUACCGGUAUCGCCCCCGGCCAAAGCGAACUUGCAUCGUGGAUGGGAAAAAACUCCGCAUCUCCGAGUACAAGUCACUCAUGCGAGCCAGGCGUCAAGAGAUGCGAAACCUCUGGUACCGCGAAGGCAACCUGGGCCUGCUGGAUACUCCCCCAACUCUGGUUGGGCCAACCAGUGUGGCUUCAUUACUGGGCGGCCCAGGAAUGAUGCCACCUGCAAGUUCGGCCAGCGAUCUCAUGGCUUCUUCUUUCUCUUCCAAUGGAGACACAACAGACCGGCGCCCCUCACCUCACACCCCGGACUCCUUAAGUUUCAUGGAAACCUGAAAGACUUUCCCAGUGCACGUAGUUCCCAUGGAGGAGGUUCCCAUGUAGCUCGGCCAUGGAGGCAUGGUUCUAAACCCACUGGGAACCGGGCUGCUCUUCCUGCAGCCCGAAGGCAACCUCCACAACAACCAUCCAUGUGGAAAUGCUACCGCGCCAUUGGCACGUUUGUCCCAGGUAUCUUUACGGUACCACCCUCCUACCAGUUCCAUGCUGGAGUUUUUGGUUUGGCGUGUAACAUAGCGAGGUCGUGUUGACUUAGAAAAAAGUUCCUGAAGGGGAACUCCUGUCUGCAUGAAACAGUUAGACAGUGUGCUAAAGGAGCAGAACAACUGCCUCGUGAUUUUACCUAUUUAAUGCAGCACAAUAAAGCUACUAAACUUUCAGUGACAAGGAGCUGCUCUAGGUAGCUCAGGCAAAAAUCUGAGCUGGAAUCCCAAGUGGAUCCACUUGAAAAGAAGUGGAACCACUUGGGUUCCAACUCAAAUUUCUGCCUCGGAGGGCAUGCAAUCUGUUGUACUCGUCAAGCCUCUCAACUUUACUAAUCUUUCAUCAACUACUAAAAGUAGCAAGGUGGGAACGCAUGACCAUACCGGGAACACAUGCGGAAUUGUUGUUAAGCCAGGGGGUCAGUAGUAGAUAGACAAAUGGUAUAAUGGAAAGUAAUAGUAUUUAUUUAGUGAUCUCAAUCUGGAGUUUUAAUGCAUUUUAAUACCAAAGUCUCUCUAGUUCUUGCAGUUACACAAAGGAGGAAAUUGCACUAGCUAAAUUGCUUUGGUUCUUGAGUAACCUUGUUAAGUGGUUAGUCUGUGUACACAGACCUUACUGAGGUAGUGCUGGGCUGGGCUUAUACCCAGGUCACGCACACACAUUUACAGAUAGUAUACCAGGAACCCUUUGUAGGACACAUAUGUGCUUAGGAAUGAAACAGCUUCAUCCAAGCAGCAAAAAGGUUGUAUGCAAAUGGCCUUAUUAAAAAGUAACAGUGUUUUGUUCAUUUGAUGAACCAGUAUUAUUCACAAAGUUCUGCAGACAGUAUAUGCUUUGACAGUUAUUUUUAUUUGGCACUUGAUCCUAAAUGUGCAGUUUCAUCCAGGGAUGGCUAGUCUUUGCUACUCUGGGCCGUAUGCGGAGCUAAUGUUUACAGCACUACAGUACCAACUCUAAGACACAUCCAACAAGGCAUGUAAGAUAGUAUUUUCCAGUACAUUCUGUGCUAACUGUUUCCUGCAGACAGGCAUACAGUUAUGACCCACAAUAGUAAUUUUUCUUUGGCCCUGGACAUAAAGGCCCAUGUGUUUAGGCAACCACUUGUGUUGCUGCCCCACAGCUGUCCUUUUAUGCCAUCAGCUUCUCAGAAUUCAUCCCUCUACGGAUAAACUGCCAGACCCUAAAGAUGGACCUGUUAUAGCCAGCAUUUUCACAGACUUCUAUACCGAUGCAGCUUAAACCCCUUUUCUGCAAGUCACUCCCCACGCUGGCAUGUGGUAACCACCACCUUCAAGGAACAACCUUGGUGUAACAACAUAGAAACUUUAUUCUCCAUCGCUGCAAUGUUUGGUGGAAGAACUGUCUCCUGACCUGCUGUUUCCAAGUGCAAUGUUGUACAUCCUUCCCCUAAUUAUUUAAGACGUCCCGUCUGACACAAGCAAGGUCGCUUGAGACUGAAACUUGCCAGGACUGCUACAACUAUACAUGUAUAUAUCUCCAGAAGGCUCUCUGUUCUCAGCAUCUCAUUUGUUGAAGCUCUUCCACUUCCCGUCUCAUAAGGGAAGAAAGGAAAAAGUGUGAUCUGACGAUGGGAACAUAUGAGGGUGCACGCUGGUCUGGGAGAGAAUUACAUCGCCGCAAACACCUUCUGUUUUGGUGGUCCAUUCUUGUGUAUUGUACCUUAUUUACUAGAUAUAUCGAGUUUUGUGUACUACUUUUGUUGCUGCCAUUCCCUUUUUGAUGAUGUUGCACUGCUCCUGCUGCUCUUGUAGGAAAAUGAGGAGCAUUGUCUGCAAAGAUGAAGUCUAAAUGCACAGUCUAACCUAACCUUUUCUUAAUGGCAAAUGGCUUGCGUAUCUACGAUAUUUACCUGGCCAUCUGGCACAGGGUUUCUGGUUGGUAUGGCUUAAUGUGCUCUAGUCACUUGUAACUUUUGCAUUUCACUGUAUGCACCUCAAAAUUUACAACUGGCGGGAAGCAAAGUUACAAGCAAGAAAUAUCCAAGUUCUUAUUGGGCAAGAAUUCUCUGCUGUGCAAAAAAGCUGAGUUACAGAGCUUACCAUCUGCAGGUGCUUCAAUAGAAUUCAUGUAGCACUGUGCAGAGCCUCAACGUUGUGUCUCGUUUUCACAAGGACUUUGGUGCUUCUUGCCUGUACCUUUAAUCCUAGAUAGUUAUAAAUUUUGAAACUUAAGCUACAGUUAGUUGAGCUCAUCUCAAGCAUGUAUUGGCUAGGACACUGAUAGUGCUGUGCACAACCAAGCACUCUGUACUGGGUGCCUGUGUAAAUACCGUGCAUAUUGCCUGGCAUGUAUCACAAUGCGACCAUUCAGACUACCCUUUUAGCGUAUCUAAAUCAUUUAUGAAUGUGACUACCGACAGCAGAGGAACCUUCAGAUGUCAACUUGAAAAUAUAUUUCUGCAUGUUUAGUACAGUUUUCAGUAGGUUUUGUGUAGGUGUCACUUUAUGUAUGCCAGUAUGAUGCGUUUGACAACAAGUGGCAUUUUAGAAAUCGGAAACAAUUGAAAAAGAAGAAAUCUUGAGAAAUGGCAAGAACAGAAUGAUGCAAAACAGCAACAUAUUUUUUUAUUUAUUGUAAGCACAUGUCUGUGCAAUAUUAGCAUUCAUGUUAAGAAUGCUAGUCAGGGGGAUUUUUUUCUCUGUCAAUUAAUUGGAUUAAGCGUAACCUUUCUAGCAUAACUCUAGGGGUAUUGUGUUGACAUGUUAAUAUUUUAACAUGUUACUACAUUUUUGGAAAACCCCCAUUGAGUCAGUGCAGUUCCUGAUGUGCAGUCAUCCCUUCCUUUAGGCAAAGGCAGUUGCAUUUCAUUCCCUUUAUGACUUGAUCUUUGUUUUCACGUGCCGUGACAUGAAAAAUGUGAGGCCAGCGUGGGUCUCGUUAAUGUAGGAUUCAUGAGAUUUCCUCUCUUGCGUUGAAAUCACAUGAUUUCGUUUCUUUACAAAUAUGAAUGUGCUCAACUAUUGUAAAAACAUGAUCUAGUCUGUGAUGUUAUUAUGUUUGACAGUAUGGCAUUAUUUUGAGUGUACAAUGAUUUCACCUCCUGUGAGAUCUGCAUUCUUUGUGUUUUUGCUUUGUGGUGUGUUUGACAAAACUCCUUUGGUGUGGUUAGAACUCCUAAGUGCUCAAUUGACUACCUUUUUUUCACUACCAGUGUCACUUAGUUUCAUGACGCCAUGGUCAAUCCUCAAAGAGUAUCUUCAAGCAGACAACGUUUUUCUUUCACUGUGAACCUUAGAGAUUUGUAGGUAACCUGCAACCGAAUCACGUUUUCAGCUAUUUGACAUGACAAGUAUGAGUCAGAAUCGCAUCAUGAACAUUCUGAUAAUGCUUUCAGUUCUCCUUUUUGAAGCAUAUUACGGAGGACAUUGGUGGUUGUUGAAAUGGAACUGUAAGAUAUCACACAGUAUGUUUUGUGUUAAUGGUGUCCGUACUCCUCAGAACAUUACUUAAACACGUACACUGUGUGGCACGUGUUCAUACUGAUAGCAUAUGUGACACUACAGUUGAUGAGGUUUCACAAAAGUUGAUGCACACUGUUACCUGCUUUGAAAAGUAUCCUUAUGUUGAUGCUGUAUAGUGUGUGACAUGGUUUCCCAUUUGGGAAACUGCAAUGGUGAACAGUUUAUGACAAAGCUCUCUUGCUGCAUUUUGUGAGUUUUUUAUGUCAGAAGAAAACAGUGAUAUUUAAAUUCAGGGGACAGCCCAGUGAUAGAGUAUGGUUAUUCCUUUGCUGUGCAGGAAUUCCACUUUACUGAGCAAGAGUUAAAACCAUGAUACUACGGCAAACAAUACGUGAAAGCUGAUAGUAUGUAACAUCUUUGGAACCGACAUCAAGCUGAGAUCACGUAGAAUUCUCUAAUAAAAUCUCAGUUAAAUAUCUUACAACAAUUUUUAGAACUGAAGUUGCAUAUUUAUUUAUAGGUGGUUUUUAAUCACGGAAUAUGAUCAAUCUUGAUUUUACAACAUAUUUCAUUUCUAGGAAAAGGUUUCCAGAUCUCUUUUAUAUUGUUGGGCUAAAAGCAUUUUCCAGAUAAUUCUUAGUGUGAACAGAAACAGGUCUUAAGACAAAAGAAACCACAAAAGGACUGAAUUCUUUCAAUUAAGUACAGCAGAUUAACACCCAUAGUGAGGAGGGAGGGAAAUGUCCUUGAAAAGAAUAUCAAUGGAAAUACUCUAAUACAAAUGUUAGUUCUCAAAUUAUUCAGCAGAGGGCAGGAUGGUUGAAACUUGUGUUAACAAGCUAGUCUUCUCCCCAUCAUACUCUGGCUGUGCUUGAGCUCAAGUUUUACUUUGUUGAUUAAAAAGCUGGUGUAAUCUGCAACAUGGCACAAUGUAAUGUUGACAAUGUAUACAGUGCAGCAGUAUUUAUUACCGUACAGUUUUUUUUUUUUUUUUCUCAUCCCUCCAUCAAACGUGAUGAUUUGGCUGUUUGUUGACACCAUUUAGAGGUGGCAGCAAGUUCAUGAAUGAGUUGAAAGUGUUCUAUAGAUAUAGAAGGUACUGCAAAGCAUCCACUGGCACUCAAAAAUGAAGCUAUUUUGACCACUUUGUUCAUGCUGUGAAUGAGUUUCUUUUUCCAUUCGUCAGAGUGAAUCUCUUAGUAUGAUGUGUACAAUAUGAAUAUUAAAAGUCACAUGCUGAAGUGGU